UUUUUUUAUUAUUGUGCGUGCAAUUUUUAAAGUAGAUAUUCAAAUAUAAACUUUAUCAAAAGAUAUAUAAGGGGGUCGGUCUAAGAGAUGGCUCCACCGAUAUUGCUAAGCAAAGAUACACCCGAUAUUGAGGAUCUUUUGGCCCUCAAUCCGCGAGUCAAGACCCAGUGCUCUGUGGUGCCCACCAAGCAGACGAAAGAGAAUAAGAAACACUGGAAACGUAAUGCCGAUCACACGGCUCCGCCAUGCACCAGUUUGACCAACAAUUUCGAGGAUAUCAAGCACACAACUCUAUCGGAACGCGGUGCCCUGGAGGAGGCGGCUCGCUGUCUGAAAUGCGCCGAUGCUCCGUGUCAGAAAUCGUGCCCCACUCAAUUGGACAUCAAGAGUUUCAUCACAAGUAUUGCGAACAAGAAUUUCUAUGGUGCAGCCAAGGCAAUAUUCUCGGAUAAUCCAUUGGGUCUAACAUGCGGCAUGGUCUGUCCAACCAGUGAUCUGUGUGUGGGCGGUUGCAAUCUGCAGGCCUCGGAGGCGGGACCCAUCAAUAUCGGUGGCUUGCAGCAAUAUGCCACCGAAGUGUUCAAGCAAAUGGGUGUCCAUCAGCGUUUGCAGCCGCACGUGAAGCCCAUUGAGAAGAAGAUUGCUCUGCUGGGUGGUGGACCAGCUUCGCUGUCGUGUGCCACAUUUCUGGGUCGUUUGGGCUACACGAACAUUACCAUCUAUGAGCGUCGCAGCUAUCUGGGUGGUCUGAGUGCAGCGGAAAUUCCCCAAUAUCGUUUGCCCAUUGAUGUGGUUAAUUUUGAAAUUGAUUUGGUCAAAGAUUUGGGUGUCCAAAUCGAGACUAAUCGUUCGCUGAGCACCAAGGACUUGACCAUAAAGGGUCUUCUCUCUAGUGGUCAUGAUGCUGUCUUUGUGGGUAUUGGUUUGCCGGAACCUAAAAUCAAUCCCAUUUUUGCUGGCCUCGAUGUUAGCAAGGGUUUCUAUACGUCGAAAAACUUUUUACCCCUGGUGGCAGAUGGCUCCAAGCCGGGAUUGUGUGCCUGUAAGGCAUCCCAGGCCCUGCCCAAAUUGCAUGGCAAUGUGAUUGUAUUGGGUGCCGGUGAUACGGCCUUCGAUUGCGCCACUUCGGCUUUGAGGUGUGGAGCCCGCCGUGUCUUUGUGGUCUUCCGCAAGGGAUCGUCUGGCAUCCGAGCCGUACCCGAAGAGGUGGACUUGGCCCGUGAAGAGCGCUGCGAGCUGUUGCCCUAUUUGAGUCCUCGCAAGGUUAUUGUGAAGGAGGGUCUGAUCACUGCCAUGGAAUUCUGUCGCACCGAGCAGAACGAGCAAGACGAAUGGGUCGAGGAUGAGGAGCAGGUGGUACGUCUGAAGGCCAACUUUGUUAUUUCGGCCUUUGGAUCGGGUCUACAGGACGCCGAUGUGCGUGAGGCCUUGACCCCCCUCUCGUUCCGUGGCGAAUUGCCCGAAGUGAAUAAGACAACGCUGCAGAGUAGUGUGGCCAAUGUGUUCCUGGGUGGUGAUCUUGCCGGUGUGGCAAACACAACUGUCGAGUCGGUAAACGAUGGCAAAGUUGCAGCCUGGAGUAUACAUUGUCAAUUGAGUGGUUUGCCCUUGGACACGCCCGCCGCACUUCCGCUCUUCCAUACGGAUAUCGACAAUGUCGAUUUGUCGGUGGAGAUGUGUGGCCUGAAGUUUGAGAAUCCAUUUGGAUUGGCCUCGGCUCCGCCAACCACCAGUGGAGCCAUGAUACGCCGAGCCUUCGAGCAGGGCUGGGGCUUUGUGGUCACCAAGACAUUUGGCCUCGACAAGGAUCUGGUCACCAAUGUCUCGCCCCGUAUUGUCCGUGGCACGACAUCGGGCUAUAAAUAUGGUCCCCAGCAGGGAUGUUUCCUCAACAUUGAACUCAUUUCGGAGAAGCGCGCUGAGUACUGGCUACGUUCGAUAGCCGAACUAAAGAAGGAUUUCCCCGAGAAGAUUAUUAUAGCCAGCAUUAUGUGCAGCUAUAAUGAGGCCGAUUGGAAGGAAUUGGCCCAAUUGGCCGAAAAGUCCGGGGCAGAUGCCUUGGAACUGAAUCUAUCGUGUCCCCAUGGCAUGGGUGAACGCGGCAUGGGUCUAGCCUGUGGCCAGGAUCCCAAGCUAGUUGAGCAAAUCUCACGUUGGGUCCGUGAGGUCAUCACAGUGCCAUUCUUCAUUAAGCUAACGCCCAACAUCACGAACAUCUGGACCAUUGCGGAGGCAGCUCAAAGGGGCGGAGCCAGCGGUGGUUCGGCCAUUAAUACGGUCCAAGGUCUGAUGAGCCUGAAGGCUGAUGCCACUGCCUGGCCGGCCAUUGGCCAGGAGAAGCGUACCACCUAUGGCGGAGUAUCGGGCAAUGCCACACGUCCAAUGGCAUUGCAUGCCAUUUCGGAUAUUGCCAAGAGACUUCCAGGAUUCCCCAUUCUGGGCAUCGGUGGCAUUGAUUCCGGCGAAGUGGCCCUGCAAUUCAUUCAGGCCGGCGCCACAGUUCUGCAGAUAUGCUCAUCGGUGCAGAAUCAGGACUUUACCCUCAUCGAUGACUAUUGCACGAGUCUGAGGGCAUUGCUCUAUCUCAAGGCUAAUCCGCCGCCAGUGAAUGGCGCCUUCUGGGAUGGCCAAUCACCGCCAACGACUGUGCAUCAGAAGGGCAAACCAGUGGUUCAUCUCACCGGCGAGGGUAAUCGUACACUUGGUUUCUUUGGUCCCUAUCAGAGGCAGCGGGACAUCAAAUUGGCCGAUUUCCGUCUCAAACAGGGCGCCUUCUGGGAUGCCCAACAGUCUGCUACUACUUCAAAAUCUACUCCGGCCACUGAGGGCUCGAAACCGGCUCUCAAAAUAACCGAUGUCAUUGGCGUGGCCUUGCCACGUAUUGGACCCUACAAUAAACUGGAUAACAAACAGCAGAAGGUUGCCCUUAUCAAUGAUGACAUGUGCAUCAAUUGUGGCAAGUGUUAUAUGACCUGUGCCGAUUCUGGCUAUCAGGCCAUUGAGUUUGACAAGGACACUCACUUGCCCCAUGUCAAUGAUGACUGUACCGGUUGCACUCUGUGUGUCUCUGUUUGCCCCAUCAUCGAUUGCAUAACCAUGGAGCCAAAAACUAUUCCACAUAAGAUCAAACGUGGCGUUGAGGACAAUGACAAGACGUUCUACACCCAUGCCCUGAGUCAGUGUCAAUAGAAUCAAAGUAAAAGCAGCUAAAUAUAAUAGAUACAUAUAUGCACAUGGGUUUUCUUCCCACAAAUUCCAAAUAAAAUUAUGAAAAAUUCCAA